GCAGUGGACUGGUUGUCAUUCGGGGUCAUCAUGUACGAAAUGGCCACCGGCAGACAGCCAUUUGCCCCAUCACUGGUUUCUGCACAGGAGUUGUUUGAGAUUAAGGAGAGAAAGCUUGAAUACCCGCGUCACAUGAGCCAGGAAAUGCUGGACCUUCUGCCAAAGCUUCUGGAGAUGAACAAGAGCAAACACUUAGGAGUAAAUGGCAACAUCAGGAAGCACUCAUUCUAUGCCAGAAUCAACUGGAGUGAGCUGGAAAACAGAAAAAUAAAGGCACCUUUCCAGCCCAAAAUUCCACCAGCAGAUAAGUUACCAGUCAUACAUCCAGGAUUCUGCGCUGAGACAUCUAAGAGAGCUAAUGUGGAAGGCUUCUCCGAUGUGGAUUCCAACUGGAAAUGGCAGGAGUAAAGUGUUUUCUGUGCUCAUGUGGACUAACCUCAAACUCCCUGUACAGCAAGUGAUGACGGCAACGUACCAUUCAUGGCCAAUUCCAUCAAUGAACAUCAGAUCUGCCGUCUACUGCAAGUGUACAAGUGUCUGUACAGCCGACUACACCAACACCACAUGGGAACCUUGGCAGAAAGU